AUGUCGAAAAUCGCAAACAGAGACUAUGCAGCCCUUAAUCUCUCUGGAGGUAACUACUUGCAGUGGGCGCUAGAUACAAAGAUCAGAUUGAGGUCAAAGGGACUUGGUGAUACUAUCACCAAGGACAACAAUGAGAAUGAAAAGAAUAGAUACAGGUCUAUAAGUUUUAUACGCCAUCAUCUCAUUGAAGCCUUGGUUAAGACUGUCUCAAUGCUAAGGCUUUGUGGUGAAGAAGUAAUGGAAGAAGAGUUACUUGAGAAGACCUACACUACAUUCCAUGCGUCGAACAUGAUACUGCAACAGCAGUACAAAGUGAAAGGCUUCGCCACAUACACUGAUCUGAUCUCGUGCCUACUACUGGCCGAGGCAAACAAUGAGCUUCUGCUGAAGAACAGUGAAGCUAGACCUAAAGAUCCCAACGAGUGCAACUACGUCCAGAAUAAUAAGAGAUCACACGGCAAAGGCCGAGGUGGAUACAAAGGGCGUGGCCGUGAUAACUACUCGAACGGCCGAGGCAACUACUCGACCGGCCGGAAAGGAAACCACAAUAACCGUGGUCGUGGGUCCAACUAUGGCUGUGGCAGAGGCAGUUAUGGCCGAGGUCGAGGCGACAUAUCCAAACCGUCUUACUCGACCAAAUCCGUUUGUCACAGAUGUGGGAUGGACAACCAUUGGGCCAAGAAUUGUAGAACUCCUAAGCACUUAUGUGAGCUCUAUCAAGAGAGUCUCAAGAACCCGGAGGCUCACAUGGUCCAUGAUUCCAGAUAUGAUGCUGAUGAUGAUUCUGACAUUGCUAAUGAUGACCUAAUGGAUUUUGAGACUUCUGAUUGUCUCAAAGACUAG